UGAAAUGUUGACUGCGGCAUUUGGCGAGUCUACUCUGAGCAAAAAAAAUGUUUACAAGUGGUACAAGCUCUUCACAGAAGGUCGAGAAGAUGUUAAUGACGAUGCCCGCCCUGGACGCCCCAGCACGUCAACAACCGAUGACAACGUCGAAGCAGUGAAGAAAAUUGUUAUGGAGAAUCGUCGAAUCAUUAUUAGAGAAGUUGCUGAGGAUGUCGGCAUAUCGGUUGGCUCAUGCCAUGCAAUUUUUUCGGGUGUUUUGGGCAUGCAACGUGUGGCGGCGAAGUUUGUUCCGAAAUUGCUGAAUUUCGACCAAAAACAACGUCGCGUAGACAUUGCUCAGGAGCUGUUGAAUGCCGUCAACGACGAUCCAGAUUUGUUCAAAAGGGUCAUAACUGGUGACGAAUCAUGGGUAUAUGGUUAUGACGUCGAAAUUAAAGCCCAAUCAUCCCAAUGGAAGCGGUCAGAAGAGCCAAGACCGAAAAAAGCUCGUCAAGUUAGGUCAAAUGUGAAGGUUUUGCUCACUGUUUUCUUCGAUUAA